AAAACACCAGGUUCACAGUAAUGGCCACAAGUGUCCCAACAGUGCCUGGACAAAACUCAGUGCUGUGGCUGAACACGGUUCGGCAAAGACCUGGAGAGACCAUUUUCUGUUCCCGACCUUCCGUGUGUGAAAACAGACACAUUUUCGGAGCACUGGAUUUUACAGGAAUAACUGCUUCUGAACCAAAACCCAUUUGAACUUGCUAUCUUUGAAGCGGAUGACAUGAUCACAGAAAGAACAUAGAGGACUACAUCCUCCAAUGGCGUGGUAUGGCCUCUGAUUUGAGCUGUCUCGGAGCCUCGCAACACUCGAGCAGAUCUCAGUAAACGCUGGGGUGGUUUGAGCUGUACACUGCUGCAGCAGGGAUGAUCACGUCCCAUAUGAACGGCUAUGUGCAAGAGGCCUCUGGUCUCAAGGAGAGGGCAGUGGACUGUCCAGGGGAGGAAAGCAGCCUUGUCAAGUCUCCACACUGCAGUGCCCACAUGGAGAGGAUCCAGCACUACCAGGAGGAGCUGAGGAAGAGGAGAGAGGAGGACAGCAGGGGGAAGCAUGAGAUCGAUCCCAACGCUUCACUGAGGCUCAAGAAGCUGGCACAGAACCCCAAGGUGGGCAUUGACAAUCCCACCUUCGAGGAGAAAGAAAAGGCCACCAAGGACUCAUGCUCUCAGGAUCCUGUCACUGAACUGGAGGAAUUGCUGCAGGCUCUGAAGGUCGCGCAGCACUGCCUGACUGAUGCGCAGAGCCAGCAGGAUGUGGAGCUGAUAGUGCAGCUCCUUGCCAAGGAGGACUUCAGGAAUGCCUACACCCUCUACAGUGCUGUGUCCCAGCAGAGGAGCAGAGUCAGUCCCACCUCACCCAUCACAGCACAAGCAGAGGAUCUUUGCCAGGAGGUACAGAAGAUUCUCCAGUCCAGCCAACAGAAGGAGGGUAUGGAGCUUAAGGCUCUGCUCACCAAUCCUCAUCUCCAGGCACUGAUGCAGGCCCAUGACAGUGUGGCAGUACAUGAAAUGGCAGAGGAAAAUGAGACCCAGAACCUUGGAGAGACAGUUAAACUGGUGCGGCUGGAGAAGACCCGCGACACUCCACUGGGUGCAACAGUACGGAACGACAUGGACAGUGUAGUGGUGAGUCGCGUGGUGAAGGGCGGAGCAGCAGAGAGCAGCGGCCUUCUCAGUGAGGGAGAUGAGAUCCUGGAGAUCAACGGCAUUUCUAUUCGUGGGAAACAUGUCAAUGAAGUCCAUGACUUACUGCAACAAAUGCAGGGCACUCUGACCUUCCUCCUCAUCCCAAGCUCUCAGAUUAAACCUGCGCCUCACAGACAGACUGUGAUGCACGUACGAGCUUACUUUGACUACGACCCCUCUGAUGAUCCCUUCGUGCCGUGUCGGGAGCUGGGCCUGUCCUUCCAGAAGGGAGAUAUCCUCCACGUCAUCAGCCAGGAUGACCCCAACUGGUGGCAGGCCUACAGGGACGGAGAUGAGGACAACCAACCCCUGGCUGGACUCAUUCCAGGGAAAAGCUUCCAGCAACAGAGAGAGACCUUGAAGAAAACUAUAACAGACAGGAGUCGAGAACACCAAGGGAAGCUUUGGUAUGCGAAGAAAAGCAAAAAACAGAGGAAGAAGAGCACAGCAAACUUGAACAAAAAUACUGACUACGAUGACAUCCUGACCUACGAGGAGAUGUCGCUUUAUCACCAGCCUGCCAACCGGAAACGUCCCGUCGCUCUGAUCGGCCCCACAAACAGCGGCCACGAUGAGCUGCGUCGGCGACUUCUGUCCAUCGAACCGGAAAGGUUUGCUGUUGCUGUUCCACACACAACCAGAAACCCGAGGAUACAGGAGCGGAAUGGCCGCGAGUACAAUUUUGUGAGUCGGCCUGCCUUUGAAAGCGACUUAGCGGCAGGAAAGUUCAUUGAGUCUGGGGAGUAUGGGAAGAACUUGUACGGCACCAGCACUGACUCAGUUCGACAGGUCGUCAACUCUGGACGCAUCUGUUUGCUCUGCCUCCACACCAGGUCACUGCAGGUAUUGAGGUGCUCCAACCUUAAGCCCUAUGUCAUCUUCAUCGCUCCUCCAGCACAGGAACGACUACGCACCCUGCUGGCCACAGAGGGGAAAACACCAAAGCCUGAAGAGCUAAAGGAGGUCAUUGAAAAGGCCCGCGAGAUGGAGCACAAUUUCGGCCACUUGUUUGAUGCAACCAUCGUGAACAUGGAUCCAGACCAGGCUUUCCACGAGCUGCGCAGGCUGAUAGACAAGCUGGACACUGAGCCACAGUGGGUGCCCACCUCCUGGUUGUGCUAGAGGUCACAGGCAAACACCGCAGGGAGCCGCAAAGGUAGAAGUUAAACAGAAGAGCACAAAUCUAUUUUCCUGGAGACUGAAAAAUGGAGGAUGGACAGUGCUGAUUUGUCACUGGAUUUUUCACUCACACAUUCUCCUCGUUUAUAGAGGGGGUGAUCUUUACCACGUGUUGCAGGGAUGGACUCAAGUUUCUUACAUCUCGUUGUGUGUGCGUGCGUGUGUGUGUGUCUGUGGGUGAUUUCUUAUCAGUUUGUUUUAUGAAGGUUCUUGUUGAUCUCAGUUUUAUGCAAAGUCAUUUAUCAAACAAAUAGAAAUAUUUCUAUCCUGUCCUUCAUAGUAAUUUAUAAUUGUAAAUAUAUAUUUUGUAGACCAAAGGAUAUUUUAUUGUGGCAUUUUGUGUGUGUGUUAUCCAAAACGGUACACUCAACUGGGAGAAUGUCAGUGUCAAUUAUAAUGAUAAAGCAGUAAGCCAAAAGCUGUUUAGGUAACAAACAGAAGAGCAUGUGUGCUUAAAGUGGCUGUAGUGUAAAGUCUUCCAUUCAGAACCUGCAGUUUUGGGAUACUUCCUCUACACAAGUGUCAGUAUUAUUUCACGUUGUCUCAUGUCUCAUUUACUCUGUGAUAAGACCUCAUAUCUAAGGUAUUGUCUCUAGCUGGUUAUCAUUACUGCCGGUAUAUAUCAUGCUGCAAAGCACUGCUGCAAUUGUUUUGUUUUUUUGUCAGUAUUGUAACAAAACAUUUCAUCACUUCGUGUAACUCCAUACAGUAUUGGUUCUUUGCAGGGUACGUAUUAAAUCAUAAGCACAAUUCUGGAAGAGUUAAUAAAAUACAUAAUGUGAACAAGUGA